CCUUCUCUCCCUGUUCUCCUUCUCUCCCUGUUCUCCUCCUCCUCUCCUGGUUCCCUGCAGGAUGCUGGCGGUGCAGGCGGACCGGGUCGUGUCUCUGGCCGAGUGGGAGGAGCGGUGGCAACAGAACCGAAUCGGCUUCCACCGGCCCCACGUAAACAAGUUGCUGGAGCGCAACAUUAAGCAGGUGGUCAACGGGCGUACUGGAGUUCGAUUCUUCUUCCCGCUGUGUGGGAAAGCUGUCGAUAUGAAGUGGUUGGCUGACAUGGGCCAUUCUGUGGUGGGGGUGGAGAUAGCCGAGAAGGCCAUCCUGCAGUUUUAUGAAGAUAAUAACAUGAGCUAUGCUGUGGAGCCCGUCCCCUCCAUACCCGGAGCAAAGGUUUACAAGAAUGUUGAGAAAAGCAUUUCGAUCUACCAUUGUGACCUGUACAAAUUCAACAGUUGUGUUGAGGGCCAGUUUGGAGCCAUUUGGGACCGUGGGUCCCUUGUGGCCAUUAACCCCGAAGACAGAGAAAAGUACGCCUCACUCCUUCUGUCUCUGAUGGCCGAAGACUGCAGAUAUCUGUUGUCCACGCUACUCUAUAACCCUGAGCAACACAAAGGUCCUCCGUUCCUGGUCCCCAACGAGCAGAUCCUCGCUCUGUUUGGAAGCAGCUGUGAAGUCCAGCUGUUGGAUUCAGUGGAUGCCCUGGACCAGAGAUGGAGGGAGGCUGGCUUGGAUUUCAUGACUGAAAACACCCAUCUUAUCGCCCUUAAAAUCGAUUAAAAAGGAUUGAAUGUGUUCUUCAUUGAGAUGUAUAUUUCUCUCUUCAUGAUUUGCUUAAUUUUAUCUGCCUAUAUUCAUUAAUGUUUUGGACAAAGCGGUGGAUAGAUGUUUUCAUCAUCUUUUCCUUUACAGGAAAAUAAUUGCAUUUUGUGUGAGAACUGAAUAAAAUGCUUUAGUAACAAA